AUGGUCGCUUCUGAUCGUACAGGUAUCCCGAUUGCCGCUAAAGAAAGAGGUCCUGGGCCAGGUCGUUAUAAGUUGCCCACAACAGUUGGUUUUCAUAACCAUGACUUCACCAAACAUAUGAAACCAGAGUAUUCUUUUGGGAGAAGGCUUGCUGGAGACAGUAUGGUUAGUAAGGGCAGCCCUGGCCCUAGUUACUUCAUUGACUCAAGGAUGACACGCCAUGGUAAAGAUGGGACCCCAAUUUACUCAAUAUUGGGAAGACAGAAAGAUCUACAAACCUUCAUGACUCCUUCACCUGGAUCCUACUGCCCAGAGAAGGUCCAUCCACAGGGCGAACGCCAUGCCCCAGUCUACUCCAUGAGUACCAGGACCAAAUUCAGACAUAAGGAUCAAAUCCCUGCACCGAGCAGUUACAGCCUGCCAACACUAAUAGGAGCCAGACAGCCCAACAAAAGGACUUUCCCAAGUUACUCAAUGACGGGUCGAUCAAAAACUGGAAGCUUUUCUGAGGACCUUGCAAAAACUCCUGGACCAGGGCAAUACAAUGCAACUGAGCCAAACAUUGUAAAACAAAAGUCCCCCAUCUUCUCCAUGCUGGGCCGUAGCUAUAUGCCGGGAGACAACACCAACAAGCCAGGACCAGGUGCACACCGACCAGAAUUAGUCGUCAUUAAUAAGCAUCAACCACCGAAGUUCUCUCUUGGUAUUCGCCAUUCUGAGUUCGUUUGCCCAAUAAUAGUCUCAAGUCCCAGAUGUGACGGAUAA